AUGGAUUCCGACAGGAUGUCGGCUGGGGGCUCACUCCCAGAAGAUCAGACUGACGGUUGGUUAGAUAUCAAAUCCGCAUCAAACGCGGGACCUGACACCAACUCCAAAUUCGGUGACGACGAUGGGGAGGGCCCAUCCACCGCCGAUGAUCUGCCGACGACGAUCAGCCGCGUUCUUGGGAUGGUUGGCGAAUACAGUUCGCUCUUCGAGAUCGAGUUGGACAGCGAUUCCGACUUGGGUCUCGGCGAACCUGUUCCCAGCAACCCGCUUGAUGAUUUGGACAAGGUGAGUCAGAUCAUCCGACAAAUGAAAUUCCACCUUAGAUAUGGUGAUUAUGCUGGGCGACUUUGGAAGUGCCUCGACUACGCUUCCCGCCGUGCCCACAGGCCCUGGCCAUCGACUGUGACCGCCUUCGCUGAGGAGCUCAAGCGAGAGGAGCGCAUAGGGGAAGGGGAUGCCUCCUCGGACUUGCAGGUGGAGAUUUCGGAACUCGGCAAUACAAGCAACUCGGUCAGUGCAGAAAUGGCAAAGGCGGCAAUCAAAGUGUACGCUACUCGGAACCAACUCAGCCAUGCAGACGUCAAGACCUUAGGUGCCCGUGGCCAACAGCUCUCUCUUCAGAGAGAUGUGAAGUAUCUUGGUGCCUAUCUGCCGGGGAUUGAUUGCACAGAGCGCGGCGCUUGGACGCGGAUUGUGAACUUCUGGGAAGAAAGUCGGGAGUGGUUGGACGACGAGUGUACCAGGCGCUCGACUAACCAAUCUCGUUUCCUCGCCAUCGCACCCAGCAACGACGUUGAAAAGGAGGAAUUUGAGCAUGACCUGGCGGAAGACAUGCUUCGUGGAGAACUGGAUCCGUUCUACAACGAUGGAGGGGCUCGGAGACCCAAUAUACCUCCCCGGACACGGGAUUCGACGAGGUCCGAUCCGAUGCCCUACAUGACAAAGAAGAGGAAGAUGGACGACUUGUUUCCCUCGGCACACCUCGACAAUCGCCCAUCGAAACAGAAGAAGUGA